AUGGGGCUACCCGCUGGACAAUUGUUCAAGAACAUGAAACUUGACAAACCAAACGUCUUCUCUUUGUUUCAAGAUCCCAGCUUUGUUAAGUGGGUCCAGUACGCGGACGACUUGAGUACCAAGUCAUCUCCUAAAGAAUCUUCGGUGAUCUCCACCCUGACAUCAUUGUACGGCGACAUAGUAGUCUAUGAGGGACAUCUAUCUUCUCGAAACCUGAAUUUUCCGUUUGGCUUAAUUCUACUGACCAAGGCGCAAACGAGAAGCGAUACGAAAAAUCUUGCUGCGAAGCUGCAGGCUGCACAGUUUGAGACGUGGGUCAGAAAGGCCGCCACCCAGUUCCCUAAUUUGGAGAGUACGGCAACCAAGCUGCGGUAUGAUAAGGCUUCGACAGUUUUUGCUAGCAAAGAAUCUCCGGAGAAACUAUUCAAGCUACUUGCACUUGACAGUGUCGGGAAGAAUUUACUCAGCGACACUCUGUUCCACAAGUGGAUGCGUUAUCGGCGUUAUCGGGAGAAUUUCAACAAAGCCAAUCCGAGAUGCUCGAGCAGCAAGCAAACACAACAACCAAAACCGGAAACUCCUGCCUUCGCCAUGCCUGCCCCAACACUUCCACGCGGCUCCUACCUUCUCCUUUUUCCCGAAGACGUUGAGGGCGCCAUCGACACACCAGCGUAUGCCAUGGUGAAAAGUUCUUGUGGGGCUACAGAAGCUGUCAUCUUGGACGGUGACAAUGACGAUAAAGAGAAACUGGUGAAGGUUCCGAGGACCAAGGCGCUGGCAAGAAAGGUGGACCGAAAUGAUGCGGAAGGACAACUACUAGGGACGUGGAUAAGACAAGCUGUAUGUGUGAAGAGCGACGGUCGCUUCCGUUACGGUCAAGUGACUGGCUACUCGGACAACCGUCUUACAAUCUGCACCCUUUCUGGACCGAUAGAAGGCAACCGCGAUGCUAUCUGCGACACCGUAUACCCAGUCGUGGCACUGGUAAUGGGCUGUCACCAGCUCGAAGAAGAGACCUGAACUACGAGCAACUGACGGGCAUCCACGAUGCCCUCAUGGAAAGGCUUUUGUCCCCUUCGACAUAUGAGGCCCCUCAGAACGCGUUAGCACUGGCGCAACUCAUGCAAGGCCUCCUUCCUGAUGUAUCCCCGGGUUUCGAUAGAGUAGCCAAGUGGAUCGAUUCGCAUACAGGCGAAUGUACUCGAGUCUCUGUGCAACACGUGGUAAACUACGUUUACUUCGUGGAUUGAGGCAAACCAGUACCCAGUCACGUGAAGGCCUCGUUCGGAUCAUCCUUUUGCAAUUUGGUGGGAGACAGUAAAGCUACUGAAAACGUACCGGCUCCGAAUCUAGGUGCGGCACAAACCAACCCGUCCAAUUCGUCCGGAUUCUUUGAUAUCCUACGCGUCGACGACGAUAAAGAAGAAGCCCAUUUGGAGACUCUGCUCGCACAAACCGUGCUCUCAGGAGAAUCUGACAGUAGCCAUCCGCCACGUGUUACCCCUCGAAACCGUUUGCAGCACCCUCGGCAACAGUCGUUGCGGCCUGAUGCUACAACAGGCGACGCGUUCCCAGCCAGCUCACACAUUGCCACCCGACUAGCUGAUGCGUCUACAGCAGAGGAAGAAAUACGCGCCAUAAUCCUCAUGCACAAGCCCCACU